CUGCUUUAGAGACGGUACUGAAGCUUAGCCGUGUGACAUUGCCAGGAGGCGAAGCGCGAGGGUGCUGUGCUUAUGUUUCAUAACGUGCGUUAGUUGAGCUCUUUCAUUUAGUCAUUUCUAGUCUAUCCAAUCAUCGUUUAUAACGACGGGUCUCCCUGCAAGCCUGCACGUCGUGUGAAGACUACGAAAUAUGUAUCGGCACGCCUUGCAGCUGUCAGUACGGAGCGCCUCCACUCUGUCACUGGUAACCUCCCGGAUGCAAACUUCAGUGAUGUGUCUUCACAUUCUUCCAACCAUUUGCAGUCCUACAUUAUCAGCAUGUCAGUGCAGAUCAUUUCACAUCACUAGCCAGUGGUAUACAACAAAAGAAACUCCAGCACCAAAAGAGGAGGAUGUGGGAGCAUUUACCAAGCUUAUAGAAGCAAUGGGAUUCACAGGACCCCUGAAAUACAACAAAUGGAAAAUCAAGAUUGCUGCUUUACGAAUGUAUACUUGCUGUGUGGAGAAGAUUAAUUAUGAUGAAUUUUUUGAAAGGUGCUCUCUUCCAGAUACACUAAACUCCUGGUUCUUAGUGGCACAACUACACGUCUGGAUGUGUCUAGUCCGAAUGAAGCAGGAGGGUCGAGCAGGAAAGUACAUGUGCCGGUACAUUGUACAUUCCAUGUGGGAGGAUGUGCAUCAACGUGGUAAAGUCCUUGGGAUUGAUUCCGUGGCUUUAAAGGAAAGCAUACGAGUAAUGACAGAGAAUUUUUAUGCUGCUAUUUUUGGAUAUGAUGAGGGAAUAUUAUCUAAUGAUAGUGUGCUGGCUGCAGCGCUCUGGAGAAACUUGUUCAAUAAAGAGUGUGAAGACCCUCAACAGCUGGAGUUAAUGGUGGAGUAUGUCCGAAAGCAGAUGCAGUAUUUGGAUUCUCUGGAUGGUGAGGACUUGCUGCUCACUGGGGAAGUGAAAUGGCGACCUCUGGUGGAAGAAAAUGCACAAAGCAUCGUAAAAUUGGCCACUCCAACUUACAAUGACACAGGGCUUUGAGGGCUUUGGACAGCAUACAGAUUAAAGGAACCAGUUAUUUCCUGCGUAGGCAUUUUGCAUUGUCCAUGCUCCUAGAGUGCCUCUGAAAAUGUUCCUUCUUUCCAUACAAAUGUGAACCUUCAGUGAAAAUGAAAUUACCCAUUACCAAUAUUUCUGAGAUCUGUCAGUGUUUACAACAACUGGAUAACUUGCGCAUCAGCCACUGUAAUGAACUUGGUCCUUCCUUUGUGCAACUGAUACCUUGAAAAUAGAGAGAUGAAUAAUUAUAGUGCCCAUGAUGCAGGAGACUACGUUUUAGGCAAAGAAGGAAAAACAGAACAUAGCAGUGCUUUUCAAUCAUGAUUUUUUCAAAAAUAAACAAUCAGGUGCACCACUUCUACUAUUUUAUUCUGACUGUUAUGCUGCUGGUUCCUCAAUGAGACUGUGAAAAUUACUCAUUCUCAUUUUGGAAACGUGGAAAUGUGUCAGUUAAAUUAUUUCUAAUACACAUCCUUAUCCAGUUAGCAGCCAUGUGUUAACACAUUGUCUGUUAUCUUCAUUCACCUACAGAUGGGGAAAAAAAUACAAAAGAAUAACUGCAAUUGCAAAGGAUUACCAGCUAGAGUACUGGGUAAUGAGUUCCACCUCCAUUUUAGGGCUAAGUGUAUUUAAAGAAAUGUUUUUUUUGCUUUUUUUAAAGUCACUAUAUACAGUAUAAAUGAUUAACAUAUGAAAGAGAAAAAGAGUAUAUAGAUUUAAUUUGCAGUUUAUAUCAAGCGUUUAGCAAGAUUUAGGCAUGCAACAUUUAUAUACUUCAGCUUAAUAUUAAAGUUCAUAUUUUUUAAGUAUAUUUCUGUAAAAGAUCAUUUCAGCCUUUGUAAAUGAUUUAAAUAUUCAGAAAAUAUAGAAAAUUUAAAAAUGUUUGCACAUAAUUGCUUAUUCUUGCUCUUUUUUUGUCUAACACUAGAAAUUUUUAAAUUAUAGAUUUGUAACUGUUAUAUGAGGUUUUUUUUCACUCUUUAACCAGUAGGUUUUCAGCACAGUGAACAUUUAUGACCCAUUCUUCAAUUCCAGAUCAAUUAAACUCACUUAAUGUAUAUUAUGCAAGCAUUUACCUGUGAAAUUUUCCAAAUGUUAACAAAAUUAAUAUUUUUGCUACUAAAUUACAUAUAAGUUGUAGCUCACUAUCAUUCAAAUAUCUUGUCUUCUAUACUGUUUAUCCUGAUGAGGGUUUAGCUGGGCACACCAGACAUUUGUUUCCCCAGCAGAAGGACUCAGGGACUUUAGUACCCCCAAAUCAAUUAAAAACUUAAAACCCCACAAAUGUAUCCUGGGUUCCAUCUCAUAAGCAGAACCAAGGAGGCAUGCUAACCAGAUGUCCAGGCCAGCUUAUGUAACUUGUCAUGACUGAAAGUGCUCCAUCAAGAUUGUCAAAGUCCUCAUCCUGUCUCGCAGAUUGAACCCAGCAAAGCUGUGGAGUAGCCUCAUUCUACACAUUUUUACUCACAGUUUCAUUCUUUAGAUUGUAGGUUAUUGACCAAAGCCCUAUAGUUGAAGAUAGGAAAUACUACCUAGGUUGUAGCCAAGAGUUGUGUUCAAGUAUUUAAUGUCCACCUUCCCAUAUAACACUUGCUGUACCAAUCCAUUGGUCAGUGUAAUGGUCUUCUCUACUCUCAGUAGUUAAUUACACUGUGCAGGUCAUGAAUUCCACAACCUGCCGAGGGUGAUUCACUCUCAUUUACAGACAAUAACUGUUUUUCAAAGAGAGAAUAAUUAUAUUGAAUGUGGAAGUGAUGAGUGUAAUCCCAAGAGUAUUACAUUCAUGUAUUUGAUGCUCCAGAUAUAUGUUUGAUAUGGCCAAGGGAACAUCAUUGUUGGCAACCAGCAUGGGCAUGACCUCUGGUGCUUUGUUCUAGCUUGUUGAUGAAUAUCACACAAUGGAUGGGACACACUUGGGAGAGUCUUAAGCUCACAGGUGAAAACUACUGCCACACAGCAGCAAACCUGAAACCCUGUACUUUAAGCAGCACUACAAGAUACUACAGGGUAUGUAGUCAAAAGCUUAUUUCAGAUUCACAAAAUGUACUUUACCUCUUAAAUGUGACAAGCUGGAUUUUACACUCCAACACUCCCACGCAGAAGGCUUAUAUGUUUAUUUGACCUAUAAUAGCUAGAAAAUAUUGUUUAGUUCCAAUUUUUAAAAAUGUUGUCAAAAAAUGAAAUUGAGCAUUGUUCUGGCCAGAUCUCAUUUAUGAUUGUUGGCUAGAUACUGCAGCUCAUCUCAGCCCCUGUAAAGUUCCUAUCUGCAACAGUGGGUUCAGAAAUUCCUCAAAGUGCCAUUUACAGAAUAUAACAGUAAAGGUCAACAUGAGAACAUACUGUGUCAGGGCCUUUCCAAGUUACCAGAUACAUUUGCAUCAUUUUUUGAGGUCACUCAAGUUAUUUUCCAAGGUGUUUUAUAAAUUCUUCCCACACUUGUGACUUCACGUCAACCACAAAUGCCCUCUACCUGGUCUGUUAUUACCAAACAUUUAAUUUGUAAGACCUUUCUGCUAGCACAGCUUGAAAUGCAUUCUUCUUUAACUUGACAGCUUCUUUGACAUUUGAUGAACUCCGCUGUUAAUGCCAUGACAAACAGUGUUGACCUUAUGGCUUCAGCUCCUUAUAGCCAAAACCACAUCUUGAACAGUCCAUUCAAACUCCUAUGUUCCAACAAACCCCCAAAGAUGUGGGAGCUGUUCUUCCAGAGGUAAAACUAUUUCUCAGGGUACACCCAACCUCUCCUCAUCCUCUCAUUAAUUUCAAAUUUUCAGUCUGUUGACCCAUAAACAACAGCUAGCCAACAAUUCAAGGCUGCUUUGAGUUGACUGUCUCAUGCAUUGCUACAAAUUGCACUGUUUUGAGACCCUCCUCUUGUGGUACCUACAGACUGCAAAAGUAGCACCGCAAAGGGCAGAGGUAUUGUAUCAGAGCCAGGGCUAUAUGCACAAGAGAGUUCCACUCUGUCUUCUUAGCUCAGUUUCCUGCAAUGAAGUGAAAUUCCAUAUCCCAAAGUCAAGUUUUAAUUCAUAUGGUUUUCUCUAUUCAAAUUCAAGUUGCUGAUAACCUCCACAUUAGUGGCUGUGCAUCUCACUGUCUCCAUUGUACUUAGUGAUCCUACAGUGUAACACAUAUUAUAUAACUCUGGGAUAGCCAGUGCAGUUUUCAACAAAGUGGAGUGCUGGGCUGAUAACAUCACUUCAGGAGAGGCCCACCAAAUCAACAAGCUAAUUAAAAGGCACGCUCAGUUAUGGGAUACGCUCACAACACACUGGAGGGAGUAGUGGAGGAGAGAAUGAAGACAAAACUGAGAGCCAUUAUGAACAAAUCUGGCCAUCCUCUCACUAACACUAGCUUUAAGAACUUUAAGCUAAAUAAUUAUUCAGCAGAAGUGUG